AAGUUGGUAUUAACGUACAUUAGAACAUAGACGGAUAAGUUUAGAGUUCUGUUGUUUUGCAAAUUUUAUAUUAUUAAGACAAAACUAAAGGUAAAAUCUGAACGCGCUGACGAAAACCGGUGCCGUGCUGAUAUUAACUCGUUUGCAUGUGAUCCCAGGGCUUCACUUUGUGAAUGUGGUCGCAAAGACAUAUUAUGUGGUUAUAUUGACAAAAAAAUAUUUCACAGUAAUGGCUGCAUCCAGAAAAUUACAAGGUGAAAUUGAUCGAUGUCUAAAGAAAGUAACAGAAGGGGUUGAGACUUUUGAAGACAUUUGGCAAAAAGUUCACAAUGCUACAAAUAGCAAUCAAAAAGAAAAGUAUGAGGCCGACCUCAAGAAGGAAAUCAAGAAACUGCAGAGGCUACGAGAUCAAAUCAAAAGUUGGAUUGCCUCUGGAGAAAUCAAAGACAAAAGUGUCCUCAUGGAUAAUAGAAAACUAAUAGAAACUCAAAUGGAAAGGUUUAAAGUUGUAGAGAGAGAGACCAAAACAAAGGCAUAUUCUAAGGAGGGUUUGGGUGCUGCACAAAAGCUGGACCCAGCACAAAAGGAAAGGGAGGAGAUUCAGAAUUGGCUUGUCAAUUCCAUUGAUAGUUUAAACAUACAGUAUGAUUCAUUUGAGAGUGAAAUUGAGUCUCUAACAGUGAAUAAGAAGAAAAAGUUGGAUAAGGAUAAGCAGGAGAGGGUGGAUGAGUGUAAGCUGAGGCUUGAACGACAUAGAUUUCAUAUAAGGAAAUUGGAAACAUUGUUGAGAAUGUUGGAUAAUAUGUCAGUGGAAGUUUCACAGAUCAAGGACAUUAAGGAUGAUGUAGAAUUUUACAUUGAGUCUAACCAGGAUCCUGAUUUUGAAGAGAAUGAGUACAUUUAUGAUGAUAUUAUUGGUUUAGAUGAAGUGGAAUUGUCAGGUGUUGGAUUGCCGUCAUCUGCAACAACAGACAGUAACGAAACAGGAGGAACACCAACGUCUAUCAUAUCGUCGUCACCAUUAGCUUCACCCUUACCGGUAGCUCCUCCUUAUAAUCAUUCCAGUGAUAGUUCUAAUGAAGACAAGAAGAAUGCCACAUAUAAGGACAUACCCAAGCCCAUCAAACCUCAGGCUGUGAGAGCCUCAAGUACAACUAUGAACAGUAGUACGAAUUCCAUUUUGAAUACAAGUGGAAACAGUACGACUUCGACAACACCAAACAAUAAACCCGUGUUGAUAAGCAGUACGCCGAGUAAACCGGCAAGAGAUACAAACGGCUCGCCCGUGGUUCAGGUUCAUCCAGGUAACUUUGCUGCAGUUGCGGCGAAUAAUCCCACUUCCAAAGUGAACACUUCUACGAGUUCUGAAAGUGUUUCGUCGUCUGUGAUAUUGACAAAUAAUAAUCAGACAGUGACACAGGUUCUUGUUCCAAGCAUACAAAACACCAAUAACAACAAUAAUAAUAGUAGCAGUAAUGUACAUCAUCCGCCUACAACGCAAACCACCCUACAGUUGAACCAACAGAAUAGUUUAACAAAUAUAGUUCAAAAACCUGCCAGCUUCAAUGAAGUACAUACUCAGAAUAACUGCUCAAGUCCGGUAUCUAGUGUUAGUAGUAGAACAUCUCCAAUGCCUAACCCUGAUUCAACAACUGGAUCACAAAUUAUGCCAGUACUUCAACAUCAACAGCAGCAACAACAAUUGCUACAACAGCAGCAGCAACCUGCAAUGAACGGACCUACUUUCGAUAACAAAAUGCCUGACAUGUCGUUGAAGUCUAUGGCGCAGCAAGCAAUAGAUCGAGCUGGUUUGGACAGCAGCAAUCAGGUGAUGUUGGAUACGAACAAAACGCAACCUUCUGUCAAAUCGGAAGCGUGUAUACCGCCUUUACUGGGCGUGGCGCCUCUGGGGGCCGUACCAUUGCAGAAAGAACACCAGUCUCAGUUCCAGAUGAUGGAAUCAGCUUUUUACCAUAUGCCGCAGCCAUCAGAUUCUGAGCGAUUACGAACGUAUCUGCCCAGGAACCAAUGUUCGACGCCCGUGUAUUAUAUCCAACAACCAUUGCCACAGUCGGACACUUUGGAAUUUUACCAACGGUUAGGAACAGAAACCUUAUUCUUUGUCUUUUAUUAUAUGGAAGGCACGAAAGCACAGUUCUUGGCAGCUAAAGCUCUUAAAAAACAAAGCUGGCGCUUCCAUACGAAAUACAUGAUGUGGUUCCAGAGACACGAGGAGCCAAAAACUAUCAAUGAGGACUACGAGCAGGGGACGUAUAUUUAUUUCGAUUACGAAAAAUGGGGUCAACGAAAGAAGGAAGGCUUUACAUUCGAAUAUAAGUACUUAGAAGAUAGAGACCUGAACUGAAAAGUUGAUAAGCGAACGUCAUGCAAUAUGUUUAAUUUCCUAUUCUGUCGAUUAAUUAUCGAUGAAUAUCGAGGAUGAUCUUUUUUACUACAUUAAAUUGUACAAAUUUUAAACCUUAUUAUAUUAAUAUAUAUUAAUGGUGUUGCAUUUAU